CCAAAGUGGUCACAAACACACAUUGUCUGGAGUGGUCAGCUGCAGGUGACAGCAGACAGAAGGACACUGGUGGUUUCUGACACUCCGAGGUGAAGCCAAGUCGUUGUCAGCGGUAGUUUCUUUCUGCUCGUCAGUGGUCACAUAUUACACGAGGCUGCAACAUCCACCACCACCACCACCACGACCAUGGCUAUCACCGACUUUCUAGCAGCUGCAGACAUCACUUCAGCUAUAAACGGCUGUAAAGCGAAGGAUUCCUUUAGCCCGAAGACGUUCUUCAAAACGGUGGGUUUGUCCAAGAAAACCCCACCAGAGAUCGAGGGGGUCUUUAAGAUUUUGGACCAGGACAAAAGUGGCUUCAUCGAACAGGAUGAGUUACAACUGUUCCUGCAGAACUUUGCCAAAGGAGCAAGGCCCCUGACCGCGGCUGAAACCAGAGCUUUCCUCCUGGAAGGAGACUCGGACGGGGAUGGGAAGAUCGGCUGGGAAGAGUUUUCUGCGAUGGUGAAGUCUUCAUAAGGACAUUUUGUUUUU